AUGGAAGGACGAAAAGAUACAAAUGCUACCAUUUUAUUGAUGGGACUUCGUAGAGGUGGUAAAUCAUCAAUUUGUAAAGUUGUAUUUCAUAAUAUGCAACCAUUAGAUACUUUAUAUUUAGAAAGUACAAGUAAACCAACUACAGAACAAUUCUCAUCAUUAAUUGACUUAUCGGUAAUGGAACUACCUGGACAAUUGAAUUAUUUUGAACCAAAUUAUGAUUCAGAACGGUUAUUUUCAAGUAUUGGUGCCUUAGUUUAUGUUAUUGAUUCACAAGAUGAAUAUCUUAAUGCUUUAACUAAUUUAUCCAUGAUUAUUGAAUUUGCUUAUAAAGUUAACCCCAAGAUUAAUAUUGAAGUUUUAAUUCAUAAAAUUGAUGGUUUGUCUGAAGAUUAUAGAAUUGAUGCUCAAAGAGAUAUAAUGCAAAGAACUGGAGAUGAAUUAUUAGAUUUAGGAUUAGAAGGGGUACAAGUUUCGUUUUAUUUAACUUCAAUAUUUGAUCAUUCAAUUUAUGAAGCAUUUUCAAGAAUUGUUCAAAAAUUAAUACCAGAAUUAUCAAGUUUAGAGAAUAUGUUAGAUAAUUUAGUUCAACAUUCUUCAAUUGAUAAAGUAUUUUUAUUUGAUGUUAAUUCAAAGAUUUAUGUUGCUACUGAUUCUUCUCCUGUUGAUAUUCAAACUUAUGAAGUUUGUGCUGAAUUUAUUGAUAUAACCAUAGAUUUAGAUGAUUUAUAUCUUGAAAACGAUAGAAAUAGGAAUGCUAGAAUGAAUAAGAACAACACCGAUGAACAGCCUCAUCAAGGAAAAGAAUUGAAAUCAAUUAGUCAUUUAUCAAAUGGUUAUAUACUAUAUUUAAAACAAAUGAUUAGAGGAUUGGCAUUAGUUGCAUUGAUACGAAACGAUGAUACUACCAGAACCAUGAAUAGAACCAUUGAUAUUAAUAGUGCUGGUGGUACUGAUGUAUCUAAUCUAGAUGAUAAUCAAGAUAAAUCAUUAGCUAUAAUUGAUUAUAAUGUCAAUUUAUUCAAAGAAUCUUUAAUGAAGAUAUGGGAGAGUUCUCGUUUGAAUGCAGAACAACAUGGAAAUAAUAUCAAUCAUACAACUUCCAAUGGAAAUGGUACUGAUCAUCUGUCGUUACCAAUCUAG